CACGCCCGCCCGUUUCUUUCAGCUCUACGUGCCACUACUAGCAGGCCAUGCCCAUGGCGGGCGCCGUGGGCAAGUCGAAGGAGGCGGACGCGGCGCGGUGCAGGAGGCAUCCGAAGCACCGGCACUCGGCGGGGGUGUGCCCCUUCUGCCUGCGCGACCGCCUCUCGCGCCUCUCCGUGGAGGUCGCCAACGCUGCCUCCUCGCCGUCGCCGCCGUCGUCGUCAGUGGCCUCCUCGCCGUGCUCGUCGUCGACGACCACCGGGAGUGCCGCGUCGGCCCAGGCGCCGCCCUUCCGCCGGGCGAGGCUCGGGAUGCUGAUGCGGCAGGAGGAGCAAAGGGAGACGACGACGACAACGGCGGCGGCGGUCGGCGCUGGUCGUGACAAGGAGGACGCGGCGGCAGAGGAGAAGAAGACGAAGGCGGCGGCGGCGGCGGCGAGGAGGAACGGCUUCUGGGCGAGGCUGCAGCAGCAGCUCCAGCACGGGAGCUGGCACCGGAAGGACGGGUGCUCGAUGGCGCACUCCAAGGCUGUCGGUGGGAAGUGCUCCACGGCGGCGGCGCCGGCCGCCAAGAGGCCGCCGGCGUUGGCGUGACGCACCCGCUCGCCGCGCGCGCGCAGGCCGAGACCAGUAGACCGCCAUGCAGUAACGUGCAGCGUGAGCCAGCGGCGCGGCGUGAUCGUUAUUUGGUUGGUAGCUACUCCCGCGUGCGCUGUUUGUUCGCGGGUGAUCGCCUGGCUGGCAUGUUUCGUUACCUUUCGGUGCCCUUUUUUUGGUCGUGGCUGGUGGUGCGCGCUGGUGCCUGAAAGGACGACCUAAUGGCACGCCCAUUUUGUACAGAUCUAAGAUCUGAGAAAGAACCAAAGCAGCUCAGCCCGGCUCGGUUGCGUUAUUUGCGUGUCAUGAUUCACGAUCAAAUCAUCAGCUCGUGAUGUUCUUUGGCCUUUUGCCAUGCCUGCGAAUUACUAGCCACACCAAUUGUAGAAACAAGCUCGUAACUACUGGUUAAUAUUUUCCCUAUUUCAUAUAGCAGUAUAUCAAUAUAUAAUCAAAUGACUAAAA